AUGAGUAGGCAUGUCAAAGAAAAUUCUAAUGAAAAAGAUAACAAAAUAAUUGAAAAUAAAUCACAAUCAGAAUCACAAGGAGAUGUAUCUAAAAUUUUAUCAUCAUCUGUAGCAGGGGCUUCAUCACUUGUUAUGCUACAACUUAUCAGUAGAUUGGCUACUUUUGUUUUGCAUCAAAUUGUUUUACGUUAUACAGACCCUGCAACAUUUGGAAUUGCAUCUGUACAAUUAGAAUUAUUGUUAGCAACAAUCUUGUUUUUAUCCCGUGAAGGAUUUCGUUGUGCUCUGUUAAGAGGAAGUGGUGAUGUCAGUGAAGUUGAUCAUGAUGAAAAUUUACAAGGAAAAUCAAAGGAUUCGAUAAUAUUUGGCAAUUCUCCUGCUGGGUCUAUUCAAAAAAUAACAAAUUUAUCAUAUGUACCAAUCCCAAUUGGAAUUAUCACAACAUUUCUUGCUUGCGUUUUUUAUAUCUUUUAUGCGACAGAGGAAUCAUUAGCCACACCAUAUUAUGUUAUUUCUGUAGUAUUAUAUGGUUUAGCAGCAUUUGGUGAAUUGAUCAUUGAACCAUUGUAUAUUGCAACAAUGAAUAAUCUGAUCUUCACUCUUAGAGUACGUUGUGAAAUGGUUGGAGUUGUUGUUCGUUGCGUUAUCACACUCACAAUGACACUAAUGGGAAUUCCAAAAAAUAAUGAAAAAGGAAAGAAUGCUUAUGGAAUUUUGGCAUUUGCAGUUGCUCAGUUCGCUUUUAUGUUGGUUUUACUGAUAGGUUAUGUUGGGUAUUUUAUUUCAAAUUGGGAUAUUCAAUUACUAAAACCACGAAAAUUAAAAGAUGAAAGGCAAGGGGUAUUCUGGUUUGAUGAACAUUUAUUUGGUUUGGCAAAAACAUUUACAAAACAAUCUUUGUUGAAACAUGUUUUAACGGAAGGUGAUAAAAUGUUAAUUGCGUGGCUUAGUGAAUCAGCUGACCAAGGAAUUUAUGCAUUUGUUGUUAAUUACGGCAAAGAAUCAAAAGCUGCAGCUCGUAAAAUAGUAUUAACAACCUCUUUACAAGUUCUAUUAGUAUUGAUGAAGUUUCAUCUUUUACUUGGACUUCUCUUUAUUGGAUUGGCAACAAAUUAUACAGGAACUUUAAUUGACUUGUUUGUAGGUCCUGUAUGGUCAAAAUCACUUGCACCAUUUGCAUUAUCAAUUUAUUGUAUAUAUGUUCCAAUUAUGGGUAUUAAUGGAAUAACUGAAGCAUUUGUAGCAGCAGUUGCAACGGAAGAAACAUUAAGUGUUUUAAAUUACUGGUUGAUUGCAUUUUCAGCAGGAUUUGUUGGAGCUGGUAUCAUAUUUAUGAAAGGAUUAUCUGCCGGUGCUGUUGGAUUAAUUGCAGCUAAUAUGUUUAAUUUAUCAACACGUAUUGUAUGGAGUUGGAAUUUUAUUAAAUCAUAUUUUUUAAAAGAUCGUGGUGGUAAUAAACAGGAGAUGGAUGAAUUGAAAAGAAUGUUAUCUGUAUCAAAUUUAUUACCCAAACCUUUAGUAUUAAUAUCAUUUGGUUUGGCAUGGAUUAUAACUUACUUUUCUAAUCAAUUUAUUGGUUGGGAAACCUUGGACGCAAAGAUUAAACAUAUUGCAAUUGGCGGUGUUUGUGCCAUUCUUGUUGCUGGAAUAACGUAA